CCAUUGGAUAAAAAUAUGUAUACAACUUUUAUAUGCACUUGAAGGUUAGAUUUUUCAGUGUAAUUAUUGUUACGUUAAUAGUAUAAAAUGACAUUUAUAUUAAGACCCUUAACCUUAAAGGGUACAUUGAAAAAUACAUUUUUACCAAUUACAUGUUUCAAAAAAAUAACCAAUUCAUUGGUACAUACAUCGAAAUGGUUACUACAUGGAGAAUAUGAAAUGCAAGAUCCAAAAUCAGAAGCCGAUGUAGUAAAUAUUACAUUUGUGGACAAAACAGGAAAGAAAAUACCGGUGAGAGGUAAAGUAGGAGAUAAUGUACUUUAUUUAGCACAUAGGUAUGGAAUAGAAAUGGAAGGAGCGUGUGAAGCUUCUCUUGCUUGUACUACAUGUCAUGUGUAUGUAGAUCAUGAUUAUUUAAAUAAACUUCCACAAGCAGAGGAACAAGAAGAGGAUCUAUUAGAUUUAGCACCUUUCUUAAAAGAAAAUUCAAGAUUAGGUUGUCAAAUAACAUUAACAAAAGAAUUAGACGGUAUAGUAGUAGAAUUACCUAAAGCUACUAGAAACUUUUAUGUCGAUGGUCAUACUCCAACACCACAUUAAAAUAGAUUUUAUAUAUAAAUAUUUAUAAUUACAUAGUUUAUAUAUUUUAACAAAUGAUACUGCUAAAAAAUAUUUAGAAAUUGUAUAAA